AUGGCAUCUCCCUUUUACCAUCAAUUUCAAGGGUUAGGAGACCAAACCCCAUCGAGAUCUACCUCUGCCCCACCAAUGUUGGAUGAAAAUAUGCUAUUUGCGUUUCCUGUGGCUUCAGAUUAUACGGUUGCUUUCUCAGAUAUUCGAAAUGACCAAAUGUAUGAAGAGUUUUAUGAAUGUUACAAAGAAAAGUUAAGCAUGCCUCCACCUCUUCAAGAGCCACUUUCUCAAACCCAAUUCAGAAAGCUUUCAACGAUUUCAGACAAUGAAGAAGGGCAGCCUAGAUCGAGGACAACAAGUUUCUUACUGCAAGACCUCUAUAUUUUAUUUAUUUUAAUUAAUUAUUUUAAAACAAAAUAUAUUUUUUAAACGAAAAGUUAGUGAAUAACAUGGUAGAUACAUGCAUCAAAGAAGAGGACCAGCCUUCCCAAAAUAACUCCACCAGCAAUAUCCCAUACACUGGGCCACCUGGAUUUUCCACUCCAGCUUCAGCUCCUCCUACAAUUCCUGAAUUCGAGCCUACCUACGAUCAGGGCGAAUUCUUUGGCUAUUCUCAAUUUACUCCUCAGCAUGUCUAUACCCAAGCCCUUGAAAUGGCAAGAGACCAAGUAGGAUGUCGUCUCCUUCAAAAAAAAUUAGAAGAGCGAAAUCCAUUCACGAUCCAAGCAAUUUAUGAUCAAAUUAUGCUCCAGAUUGGAAAUUUAAUGAUUGAUCCAUUUGGAAAUUAUUUAGUUCAAAAGCUUCUGGAAGUAUGUGAUGAGCCUAUUCUUGAAUCGAUUUUGUCACAAGUAACUCCAAGCAUCACACAAAUUUCACUUAACCAGCACGGAACCCGAGCCAUCCAAAAAUUAAUUGAAGUUAUAGCAAAAUAUGAACAGCAUAUUCCCUCUGUUAUAAGUGCAAUAAGAAACCAUGUAAUUACAUUAAUAAAGGACCUCAAUGGAAAUCACGUUAUCCAAAAAUGCUUAAAUGCUUUAGGAGCUACUUAUAAUCAAUUUAUAUAUGAAAUUUCUAGCCAGCAUGUAAUAGAGAUUGCAACACAUCGUCAUGGAUGCUGUGUACUCCAACGAUGUAUUGAUGCAGCAACUCCUAAUCCUCCCUCAGUGGAAAAAAAAAUUUGUUCUCUUGAGAGGGGAGGGUAAUUUUUGUUUUAAAAACAUUUCCAAUUUGAUUUGCAAAAAAUGGAAAGCAAAUGUUAAUUUAAUUUGUGUUUAAAAUGCAAAUAGUUAAAAUUCAAUAGAAUUAGCUAGAAAUUUCAUUAUAAUAAAACCACUUAUAUAUCAAAAUAUUUUUUUCAUAAUGCUUUCAUUCACUCAUCGAGAUUGGGUUUUUGGCUAAAAAGUAAGGAUUACCCAAUGGUUUUGUUUGCCCACGGAGGCGGAGUAAGCAGCUUGAGCUUCUAGUUGAUUACAUUGUGAUUAACGCUGUAGAAUUAGUAAAAGAUGCCUUUGGAAAUUAUGUUGUCCAGUACGUAAUUGACUUAAAUUCCCCUAAUAUCAACGCACGACUUGCUUUUAUCUUCAUUCAAAGCAUGCAGGAACUUUCCACACAGAAAUUUUCAUCAAAUGUCAUCGAAAAAUGUUUACAACAGAACAGAAGCGAAGUGCAGCAAGCAAUGAUUCAAGAAAUAGGCCAGCCGAAGAAUUUGGCGAGAAUGCUGCCAGAUCAAUACGCAAAUUAUGGUAAAAAAUAGUUAGUUGUCCAAAGAGCAUUAAGCUUAGCUGCCCCAGCACUGUUAGAAAGAAUGAUAAAAGAAAUCAAGCCACUUAUGGACGACCUAAGAAGAAGCCAGUUCGGGAAAAGAAUUUAUUCAAAAUUAGCUAAAAAGUAUCCAGAACUAACUGAAAAGCAGUAAGAAAUAUGCAGUGGUAACAAUUUUAAAGGUUUUUAA